AUGGAAGGUCUAACCGCUUUAGUUAGGAAGUCGGUGGCUAUGGGUGAUUUUAAGCCCCUCAAGUAUGGUGAAGAGGAGAUUGUGGAUAUAUUACAAUUUGCGGUGAAUUUUGCAACAACUUUUCUCGCUUGCAAAAAAAGAGAUAUAUUGUUCUUGUUCCUAGGUAUAAUGGUUGGUGCAAAUCCUAGAAGUAGGAAGUUGCUCCUUUCAUCAAUGGAUGCUACUCAAAGAGAGGAGUAUGUGCCACUGAAACUUGUGGUGGAUGAAGAGAGUAACAAAGUCAUAUUUGCUGAAGCAGGGAAGGACUUUGUUGAUGUUCUUUGUAGCUUCUUAACAUUUCCAUUAGGAACUAUCACAAGGCUUCUUCAAAAAGAUUCCAAUAUGGGAUCUGUUACUAUUGGUUGUCUCAACACUCUUUAUCAAAGUGUGGCAGAUCUUGAUAAAGAGUGUAUGGAAACAGAGAUAAGCAAAGAAAUGCUAUUGAACCCGAGUUAUUCAUUGGAAGAUUAUUCAAGCUCUCUUAAACUUAACAUUGAUGAUACUCCUCCAACAAAAUACUAUAUCUGUAGUUCUAUUCAUGUCUCUCUUGAUGUCUUUGAUGUCUGUUAUGAUUUGACCACUUCCACAAAAUGUGGUGGGUGUGGUAGUCAUUUGGACCCUGAUGUUAGGCUGAAAAAACAAUUCUGCAAUGGAUUUGUUGAUGGGGGUGCAACUUUUGUUAUUACCGAUGAUCUAAGGGUCAUGCCAAACUCCAUGGAUAUUACAAGCUUUAUGAUGCUCCAGCAUUUCGGAAUAAAGAAAAUAAGUUUGCUAAAGGAAAUGACUGUCAAUGUCACAAAGGAAAAGGUACUGGAUAUGCUAUCAUGUGCUUUGGUUUCUGAAUCAACUCUUACUGAUUCAUUUUUACGGAAAAAUCCAACACUGGGAAGGAAAUCAAUGAAUUUUCUUUGCAGUUUUGACAAUACAAAAGAUAUUCAAAUUGCAUUGAAAUUAGUUAUAAGAAAAUCAGAUGGAAAGAUACUAUACGCUCAAGGGGAUAAUGAUUUUGCAGACUUACUUUUAAGUUUUCUCACAAUUCCUUUGGGAGGACUUGAAUGUAUUUUUGGAGGAAACUGUUCUCUUGGUAGUAUUGAUGCUUUAUACCAGAGCAUAGUUGAUUUAGAUGAGUACAAAUAUUUUGUAUCGAAAGAAGCAAAGAAAAGGAUUGUUGAUCCUUACUUGGCCCCACAGUUCAAAACAAGUAAACGGAUUUUACCAGUUAGACCACCCUGUUCAGUGUUUUAUAUGCAUGACAAAUCUUUCAUAACUUGUGAAAAUACAAGUUUUUAUGACAGUUCAAAAAAUAUAGAGCCUGUUACUCUAAAGGGAAUUGUUGAAGGCUAUGUGAAGGGGCCAAGAACUUAUUUAGCCACAGAUGACUUGGUUGUAACACAAGCUUCUCCAACUUCAGCUUUAAAUUUACUCAAUUAUUAUGAAACUCCUCUUGAUGAUCUUAAGGAGAAGGAUAUCAAGAUUGGUGUAUAUGAGUGUUUGUGCAUACUGAAGGCAUCAUUAACCACAACAUCCGCUCUAACAAAUGGUCUUGGACAUUUAGUAGCCGAAGUUAAAAAAAAGGGAAAAUGA